AUGCUAAAUAUUACUAAGGCAUUAAAAGACAGUGUUUCAAUUGCUUUUUAGAAAGCCUUUGCUCGUCAUCAUGAUAUCUAAAUCCUAUUUCAAAAUUUAAAGUAUUCAACCUCUUGUCCAGCCACAUUCUCAGAGUAUUAUAAGUCCAAUUAUUAAAAAGAAUGGAAAGAAACUCUGCUCCCAAAAGAUGUGGCUCAUGAAAUUUUGGUUCACUUUUAAUCUCCAACUUGGAAUCAAUUCAAAUUGGUUUCAAAUAUUGAAGUCACUCAAUUAGGAGAUUUACAAUUUCAAAUCAAUAAAUAAUAUUAUGAGCAUCUAAUAAAAUAGAUUGAUAGUACUCCUUGGCCCAAUCUUACUCCUAUUUACAAAACUACCAACAUUUAUGGUCCAUUUAUUAACUUGAAUGGUCCAUUGAAUAAAACAGAUUUGAGAGGACUUCAUAUUUAGAAUAGAUUGUAUUGUAUCUUGUCUAAAUUAAGUGAAAAUUGCAAUAAAUUUAAUAAAAUUACUAAUUAAAUAAGUAAGAAUGAUUAUUUGAUUCUUCCAGCCAAAAUUGUUUGCCAAUCCAUUCAAUUCAUAUCAUUGGGGAUACAAUUAAGUCUUGAAUGAGUCACUUCAUUUUGAUUCCAAAGAUCCCAUAACUCCGCUUUAUGGCAUUGAUGAUGUAGAACCAUUGAUUCCAAGUGUUGAAUUACUUGCUCAUUUUCCUUAAGUCUUAGUUGAGUGUUUAGAAACCAAGUCAUUUAAACAAUUAUACUAAUUUGAGUUAACGUAUCCAAAAUAUUUAUUAAAAUGACAAUUUAGUUA